AACAAGUGACAGGACAGUUCAACAAAACAGGUGACAGCUGGCGGGACCGCGUGUGGAUCCGGCCUCCCGAUUCCACGAGAAUCUCUCCCGUCGUUCGUUACUUCACUCCCUGCUUGCGUCGCCAUGAACCGUCUCCCAGUUCACUCGACCACCUCGCAUCACAAAACUCGCAGCCUCGCAGAUAAUUAAUCUAAUUCUGCUCGCUGAUCAACCAACUUCUCGUUAUCCCGAUAGAUUCUGAUUCGUUGGAGGAAGUAGAUCGAUCGAUCGAUGGGGUCGUCGUUCAAACUGGAGUGGGGGCCGGCGAUCUGCAUGGUGCUGAUCGAGCUGUUCACGACGGGGCAGAUGCUGCUCACCAAGGUUGUCGUCGACGCCGGCCUCUUCGUCUUCGCCCUCCUCACCUAUCGUUUCUUCCUCGGCGCCUCGCUGGUCGUCCCUUUGGCCAUGAUCUUCGAGCGAGGGAAGUUGAAGGAGCUUAAAUUGAAGGCAUUCAUAUGGAUUUUCACCAGUGCACUUGUUGGAUUCACAAUUCCUGGUUUGUACUACAUUGGCCUUGGAGACACCUCACCAGGAUACGCAAUUAACUUCUAUAACAUCAUUCCAAUCGCCACAUUCAUCCUCGCGGUCCUUUGCAGAAAGGAACCGUUGGACAUGAGGACCCUGGUGGGGAACAUUAAGGUGGCCGGAACCCUAGUCUGCGUAGGAGGCACACUGGUGAUCAGCCUGUACAAGGGCAAGGUGCUGCACCUCUGGCCGACCAACAUCAUCGGCUACUACCCGAAGGCAGACGGAAGCAAAAUUGGGCACCACCAUGUCCGUGGAACCGUCUUGCUCAUCACCAGCUGCCUCAGCCUUGCCGUGUGGUACACAGUGCAGGCUCAGAUGCUAAAAGUGUUCCCAUACAAGUAUUGGUCGACGGUGUGUACGUGCUUCGUGGGGAGCAUCCAAAUGGCUGUCGUGGGGGUUAUCAUGAACAGAGAAAAGGCGACAUGGGAGCUCAAAUGGAACAUGAGCUUGCUCACAAUUGUGUACUCGGCGAUACUCAAUACUGCUGCCAAGUUUGUGAUGAUUUCGUGGGUCGUCACAAAGCGCGGUCCCACCUACCCAUCCAUGUUUUGUGCCGUGUCAGUGUUCUUCACUACAGUUCUUGACUCGCUGCUUCUCGGGCAUGAUCUGUCUGUUGGGAGUAUCCUCGGCAUGUUUAUGAUUCUAGCUGGGCUCUACCUUUUCCUUUGGGGAAAAAGAAAAGAAUCGGUGCCUCUGGGUGAAGAAAACCUGAAGGAACAAAUGCAAUUUCAGAGUGGAGACGAGAACAAUAAAUCGGUAUCCAACGUAUGACUGCUUUCUCUGGCGAUAAAACAAAAGAUAUUAUGCGUGUUUUUUUUGUGUUUAUGAAGAACUGUAGAUCUAUAUAUGCGUAAGCUAGAAAAAAAAGGUGGAUCUCUCGCAUGUAUUAGCUGUCUUUAUUAUAGUUGGUAUUAUUUAAGCCAUGUACUGAAACUCUGAAAGCCACAAGAUGACACAUCUAAUCCUCGGUUUUGUAGCACUUCUCUUUGAUUUAUCUACCAAAACAAAGUCCCUCAAACAUCAAGGGCAUCUCUCAAGGAAUGAAUCAAAUGUUGUCCCCAUUUUAUCA